AUGAACAUGCACUUUAGUUUGGUGUUUAUGACUUUGUUAAUUGUGUCAAUAAAUUCGUAUAAAAUAGCAGGCUUAGACGAGUCUUGGAUAUGUAGAAUUAAAAAGACAUGCGUGGACUGCUUGCAGCUAGGACAAUGUUCUUGGUGCCCCUCAAAGAGUGUUUGUUUCUCUGAAAGAACAAACACUGCGGAACAAUUUUGCAAUGAAACAGUGAGAACACAUAAUUAUGAAAUGAGUCUUUACGAAAAUGCAAGAUGUGCUUGCGAAGGAUAUGGAAAUGGAAAAUAA